AUGGCAUCUAACGCGGCACUCAUGAACAGCGGAGGCGGCGACGGUGUGAGCGCCAUUUCAGGCCACACUCUUCUCAAGGCGAGAAUGGAGUUGAGGGAGGUCCCUGAGAAACGUAUGGAGAGCAUACGGCAACUCCGCAAGGCCAUCGAGUCCUAUCGCCGAAUGCCGGGCGAAGACGAACUUGUGUUCAAGCGCACUGACAAUAAGUUUCUCCUCCGUUUCCUUCGCUCGAGAAAGUUCGACGUGGAACGAGCGCUCCAGGUCUACGUCAACUACUACAAGUACAGACACAAGCACAGAGAGUGGCUGAAAGAUGACGCCUCUCCGGACGACCCAGCGCUCAAACGGAUAAUGGAAUCGGGGAUGUUUGCGGUGCUUCCCGUCCCGCUCAAAGACGGGUCGCGAGCCGUCUGCAUGUGCCCCUCGCGCUGGGACGUGGCGACAAUGGACGCAUUUGAGUGCUCCCGCGUCUUCGUCCACGUACUAGACAAACUCCUGGAAGACGAAGAGGCACAGGUACACGGCAUUACCCUCCUGGACAACGCAGAGAACUCGUCCCUCCAGAAACUCUACCACUUUAUGCGGACGGAAGUGUGGAAACUAGGUAUUGACUUGCAGGAUGCAUUUCCCGCUAGGUUCAGAGGUCUCCACUUCAUAAACCAGCCAUGGUACAUCAGCCUCCUAAUGAGUGUGGUGCGACCGCUACUCAAACAAAAGCACAGAGACCGUUUCCAUGCACACGGGACAGACGUCCACAGCUUCUACCAGUACGUGGAGCCCGAGAACCUGUUUGCCGAUUUCGGGGGCUUUCUCCCUCCGAUAGGACGCAAUAGUUUGAAAGAUUUUUUCGAGACAGAUUUCGGCGACAACCCAACAGUUGAAGAUCUCUCCUAG